UCAUCAGGGCCUCGGGGAUGCUGCUGUCCUUGGGUGUGGGCACUGUUGGGGCACUUGGUACCCCUCAGGCUGCUCGUAGGGAUGUUGGGCACCCGGGGGCUUUGCUGGCACUCCUUCCUCUCUCUCUCUCAUCUCUGAGCCGCCUUGUGCAGCGGGGUGAGAGCAAAUCCGCGCUCCCCCAUCACCCAAGGGCUUUGCUGGGCACGGACGGGGGCUCGGAGCGGGGCUGGAUGGGAGGAGGAGCCGGGGCUCCGCUCUCCUCACUCACUCACCGGGCUCCAACCAACCCCGCCAAGCCCAAAGGCGCCCGGCUGGCACCUCCUGCCCAGCAUCCCCCGUGCCAGCCUGCGGCACCCGGGAGCUGGGAUGCGACCGCGGGCAUCGCCGCUGCGGGCACCGGCGCCUGCAGCGAGGGCCGGCGGCGGGGCUGGAGGGCCGGAUGCCGCUGAGAGGAUGAGAACAUGGGGCUCAGGUUAUCCUGCCUGAAAGCUUUGUUUUCCCAGCUUUGUUUUCUCAUUCCCGUGCUUGCCCCGCACCUUUUGCUCUGGAGAACCCAUGGGUUCAGUGAAUCAGGCCUGAAGAUGUGUGUGAGCAGCGGCAACGGCAGCGAGGGGACCCCGAGGGCGGCACAGAAGCACCUCCACGUGCCCUCCAUCAUCGUCACGCCGCCCACGCCCACGGGCACCGCGCUGGCCCGCCGUGGGGAGGGCCCCUCACCCUGCAGCCCCUGCUGAGAGAGGGGACACCGGGGACACCCGCGUCGGGAUGGAGCCACAGCCCCCAGGGCACGGCUGCUGCUGCCAGGGACACGCGGGGCACCCACACGGGUGGGUUUGGACACCUGGGAUCGGGGCUUGUCCCUUUUCCUGGCAGCGACGGGGAGGGGGAUCCUCCCCAUGGUGAAUAAAACCCCAUGGGCUCUGCA